AUGCAGUUUAAAGCAUUUAAUUUAAGAAUUUCAACCUCCGAUAAGCAAUGAAAUAAUUUAUCUUAUAAUUAAUAGUUGAAGUCCAUCCAUUAAGUGUUCUUAAUGCUUUGGAAGCGCGCAUACGCUACCAUCCUUGCUAGUAUCCAUUAUUGUACGAGAAAACUUAAAACGAAUAGUUGAGUGGUAAAUUUACAUGAACAAACUUCGAAGAUAGUGUUAAGGCAUCAAAUAUUGGCUUUUAAUUGACUUGGUGGAUUGUUCGUCGAGCUUUGUUUAAACGCAAACCGGACCUUGACUAACUGGAUUUUACAGAAUCUCCCCAGGCCAUCAAAUGUUACAAACAUUUUUAGUCUUAAUGUGAAUUGUUUUCAGAAUGUUGCUGUGGUAUUUUCUGUUAGUUUUAGCAAUCAGCGUUGUAGAGCCACAGCAAAACGAGAGUACCACUGAAGAAUUUGGUAGCGACGAUCCAUUUUAUCCGACUCUAGAAUGGUCCGACGUGUUCGACUGGAAACUUUUAACAGUCCUCUCCAGGAAAUCUCCAAACAUUUUAUUUUCCCCUGCUAGUCUACAGCUGGUUUUGUCAAUACUGUAUGAAGCGUCCAGUGGUGCUACGCAGAACAAUUUUGAGGACACUUUGCAAUAUAUCACGAAAAAAAGCAUCCGGGAAAAGACACGAAGAACAAUCGACGCCCUGCAUGUGAGCCCCACAAGUGAAAACAGACUGAGUUUAAGUACUAGAAUAUUUCUGGACUCGAAGAUCCGAAUUAAGGACAUAUAUGCGAAAAAAAUCAAGGAUAACUACAAUACUGAUGUGUUUCCUUCGAAUUUUACCGACACGGAGGCGACUAGUGCCACUAUCAAUGCAUGGGCCUCAGAGUAUACACAAGGUGCCAUAAAGCGACUGACUGAACCUGAUGAUGUUCGAGACAUGAUCAUGCUGCUGGCCAAUGCAAUCCAUUUCAAAGGCGUUUGGAGGUAUCCAUUCCCUAAGAAUGAAACUUGCGUUGGCGGCUUCUAUACUAAUCCUGGGACUAAGAUUUAUGUUCCUUUUAUGACCACAACGAAUUUGUUUUACUUCCUGGAGUCCCAGGUGUUGGAAGCCAAGAUUUUGCGCCUACCAUACAAGGGAAACAGGUUUUCAAUGUUCCUCAUCCUGCCGUUCGCUCAAGGAGGCCUGCCAGCUCUUCUGGAAAAAGUGAAUCUUUUAAACCUUCAUCGAGAGCUUCACUAUCUGGAUAGGCGAGCGGUUUUGGUUUCAAUCCCCAAGUUCUCCUUUAAACUGAAAGCAAGUUACAAGGGUGUUUUACAAGAGUUUGGACUGACCAAGAUAUUCCAAAACUCUGCAAGUUUCACUGGCAUUGCUGAAGGCAACAGCAAACUGCUAAGAGAGCUGGUUGUGUCCGAUAUAUUGCAGUCUGCAGGCAUCGAUGUGGAUGAGGAAGGAACUGUAGCAUUUGCAGCAACGGACGUAAUAAUCGGCAACAAAAUCGGGGUCCCAGAGAACGUGUUCAAUGCCACUCAUCCUUUCAUAUUUUUCAUCCAAGAUGACAAUAGUGGCACCAUUCUGUUCCUGGGCAAAGUAGACAGUCCUUUAUAUCAGGACUUGGAGAUCAAGAAAGAACUGGAUGAUAUUGAAAAGGAUUUUCAGAGCACGUGAAGAACUUGUUUUGGCAGCGCAGCCAUUCCAUUUUUUCACCAAUUCCAAGUUUAUGUUUGUAUUUUUUGCAGUAGGUUUUCAAAAAAUUGCACGAAUUAUGUAAAAGACAGAUAGUUUCGCCAAAGUUUCAUACUAUUUAGGAAGGUAAAUGAUUAUCCGUUUUAAAAUAA